AUGGACGAUUCACCUGAUGGGUCAGUAGAUAUUACGGGUGAUCUGCCUGAUGGGUCAGUAGAUAUUACGGAUGAUCCACCUGAUGGGUCAAUAGAUAUUACUGAUGAUUCGCCUGAUGGGUUAGUAGAUAUUAUGGGUGAUCCGCCUGAUGGGUCAGUAGAUAUUAUGGAAGAUUCGCCUGAUGGGUCAGUAGAUAUCAUGGGUGAUCUGCCUCAUGGGUCAGUAGAUAUUAUGGACGAUUCACCUGAUGGGUCAGUAGAUAUUAUUGGUGAUGUUUUCCCUGAUGGAUCAGUAGAUUUUAUUGGUGAUGUGCCUGAUGAGUCAGUAGAUAUUAUAGAUGAUUCACCAGAUGGGUCAGUAGAUUUUAUUAGUGAUGUGCCUUAUGGGUCAGUAGAUAUUAUGGACAAUUCACCUGAUGGGUCAGUAGAUAUUACGGGUGAUCUGCCUGAUGGGUCAGUAGAUAUUAUGGAUGAGUCACCUGAUGGGUCAGUAGAUAUUAUGGAUGAUUCACCUGAUGGGUCAGUAGAUAUUAUGGGUGAUCCGCCUGAUGGGUCAGUAGAUAUUAUGGAAGAGUCACCUGAUGGGUCAGUAGAUAUUAUUGGUGAUGUUUUCCCUGAUGGGUCAGUAGAUUUUAUUGGUGAUGUGCCUGAUGAGUCAGUAGAUAUUAUAGACGAUUCACCAGAUGGGUCAGUAGAUAUUAUAGACGAUUCACCAGAUGGGUCAGUAGAUUUUAUUGGUGAUGUGCCUUAUGGGUCAGUAGAUAUUAUGGACAAUUCACCUGAUGGGUCAGUAGAUAUUACGGGUGCUCCGCCUGAUGGAUCAGUAGAUAUUACAGGUGAUCCGCCUGAUGGGUCAGUAGAUAUUAUGGAUGAUUCACCUGAUGGGUGA